AUGACCGAUAACUGUACCCCAAAACACCAGCAGAUCACUUGCUUUUGGGUACGCAAAUAUAAAAAUGCUGCGAGCGUAUCUACUCCGCCAAAUUCGCCUUGGGCAUUAGGAGUAGGAAACAUACCUAACCCUUAUCCCUUGUCUUUCAAAAUUGAUGGGACAGCAAAAGGUCAAAGAAGAAACCGUGGUCAACAAACAACUUACAACGCCUAUGUAGUCGAGACCGAUCGGACCUACGGAGAUCAUGAUUUACUCACAUCUUAUCGAGAAGACGCCAGCAAGGUAAAUCGAUCUCCCAGUUCUUCGCAGCCGCAUUCGAUCUUGGCGCAAACGACACCUGUAAAAAAAACGUUGGCAUUGCAUCUUGAUCGAACACCUUCCCCUGAUCAAAAACCGACACCGAGACCAUCAAAAUUACACGGACAGACUUCAUUCAUGGGCUACGAUCCAUUUACAAAUGAACAUCCUGGAUCACCAAUGACCUCUCAUACACCCAUUGGUGGUGGUGUUUUGAAGCGUCCGUCGCAAAUUUCCCUUUCUCAAUUUGAUGAAAAAUUAAGCUUCAAGGAGGAUCCAUCGAUCGCCACCACAUUUGAUCCAGAGAAAGAUAAACAUUUGUACGAAACUUCAUUGGAUCUUUACAGAAGCUUUAGCAAAGGAAGUAGCAAAGAUGCCGAAAGUUUUUUGGGGGAAUGA